UACUGCCCUCCAAGGUGAAGUGUUCCUCCGCCAGCAGUUCUAGCCAACCGAGCUGUGCUGUCACCACUGCCAUGGCUUCGCGACCUGUCACUCUCGGUAUCGACUUGGGCACCACGUCCGUGAAGGCCGCCCUGUUGGAGGCUGCACCCGGCCACCCAUCUGGGUUCGUGGUGCUGGCGAGCUGUUCCCGGGCUUCGAGGGCUGAGACCGAGAGCGCGGCGGCAGGGCCCCAGGGGCGGGAGCAGGAUGUGACUAGAAUCAUCCAGGCCCUAAAUGAAUGCCUUGAUGCCCUUCCCCGGCAGCAACUCAGGAGAGUUGGGGGCAUCGGAGUGUCGGGACAGAUGCAUGGCAUCCUAUUUUGGAAAGCAGGCCAAGGCUGUGAAUGGACAGAGGGAGGGCCUGCCCUUGUAUUUGAGCCCAGAGCUGUGAGCCAUCUGGUCACAUGGCAGGAUGGCCGUUGUACCAGUAGUUUCCUGGCUUCUCUGCCCAAGCCAGCAUCCCAUCUCAGUGUGGCCACAGGAUUCGGCUGUGCAACCAUCUUCUGGCUUUUGAAAAACAGCCCGGAGUUUCUGAAGUCCUAUGACGUGGCUGGCACCAUUCAGGACUAUGUGGUUGCUAUGCUGUGUGGCUUGCCAAGACCCCUGAUGUCCGACCAGAACGCUGCUAGCUGGGGUUAUUUUAACACCCAGGGCCAGAGCUGGAACUUGGACAUACUGGAGACGGCAGGCUUUCCUGUCCACCUUCUCCCCGACAUUGCAGAGCCAGGCAGCAUGGCAGGCAGAACUUCUCACACAUGGUUUGAAAUCCCAAAGGGGACACAGGUGGGCGUAGCCCUGGGUGACUUACAGGCCUCUGUCUAUUCCUGCAUGCGCCGAAGCACCGAUGCAGUUCUCAACAUCAGUACCUCGGUCCAGCUGGCAGCCUCCAUGCCUGUGGGAUUCCAGCCACUGCAGACUCCGGAUCCUGCAGCCCCUGUUGCCUUCUUCCCUUACUUCGACAGGACCUACCUUGGGGUGGCAGCAUCACUCAAUGGAGGCAAUGUGCUGGCCACGUUUGUCCACAUGCUUGUUCAGUGGAUGUCAGAUCUUGGUCUGGAAGUUGAAGAAUCCACUGUCUAUUCACGAAUGAUCCAGGCGGCUGCACAGCAGAAAGACACGCAUCUCACCAUCACCCCAACAGUGCUGGGGGAGAGGCACCUGCCAGACCAGCUGGCCUCUGUGACUAGGAUCUCCUCCUCUGACCUUUCCCUGGGUCACGUGACCCGGGCCCUCUGCAGAGGCAUUGUUCAGAACCUGAACUCUAUGCUUCCUUUCCAACAGCUCAAAGAGUGGGGUGUAGAGCAGGUGGUGGGGAGUGGGAGCGCACUGUCCAGGAAUGAGGCGCUGCAGCAGGAGGUCCAGAGGGCGUUUCCUUUCCCAGUGUGUUUUGGGCAGGAUGUAGAUGCAGCCUUUGGGGCAGCUCUGGUCAUGCUCCAGAGAGCCCUCAGCCAGAAGGAGCCUUAGUUCAGCAAGCUCUUUGGCUAAAGGAAUGCUGGGAAUCUUACCUAAUUGACAAUGUCAGCACAAUCUCUGGGUUGCCCUUUUCCGGGAUGGUUCUGUGGGCGUACUGUAAAUUAUACUUGAUCUUGAGGUACUAUCUAGACUGAUGAAGAUCUUACCUUCAGGGCAUAUGAUAAUCAUCCAGCCAGGAAUCUCUAACCAGACCCCAAACUUGUGCCUUCCAAGAAUAGGAUCUUCUGAGAGCUGAUUGCAAAUGCAGAUGUGGGUGGUGGAGAGAAUGGGAGGGAGGAAAAUGGGAAGAGGGAGAAGAAGAGAGAGAGAAACAGCUUCCUGGUCCCUGGGCUUGGUGGUGAUUCAUUCGUAGACAGAAAGAAAAGAAAGAUGACUUAUGUAGCCAUGGCUCCAACUAAGCAGAGAAGACCUGCUCAGGCCCAGUGUAGCCACGGCUCCAACUAAGCAGAGAAGACCUGCUUGUGCCCAGCUUUUGGACUGGUCCAGCGUUGAGUCAAAUGCAUUAUCGGAAAAACCCUCCCUGCCAGAUUGUAGCGGGUGGCUGGAGCCCCUUCCUAGUCCCGGGGAAUAGAAGGAGCCUCACUUUGUUCAGCAAGCUCUUUGGUGAAGGAAUGCUGGGAAUCUUAUCUGACCAGUCAGUCCGACAACCCUGCCAGUUGAAGGGAACAGCUAUAGCAUGGUCUCCAGGCAGAGAGAGACCAAAGGACAUGAAGCAACACGCCUCAGAGGAGAAAGCCGGUGUGCUUGCCUCGCCAUGUGCUCCUGGGAAAGUGCUGCACGGUGGCUACCCUGAGUCCUCUCAACACAACUGACUUAAAGGCACAUCCCAGAGAAGGAAAGGCAGCUGGCAUGAUCAGCUAAAGGGACCACAGGGCACUGUGAGGAAUACUGUCUGACAGACUGUUUUCAAGAUGGCAGCAAGGCACCAGCCCUUUUCUAUGACUGUGUAUGGCCAUAUGUCUCCCUAACCCCUGAUACAAGGGGUGACCAGUUUCAUGAGAGAACCUUUAUCCCACAGGUCUCUUCUCUAUGGUGAAGAUCUUGCUGGCCUCUGGUGGUUCUGUUCAGAUGGGCAUGCAUGUAGGGUCAGAGAACCACCAGUCUUCCCAUGUUACAAUACCCUCAAGGAGAGGGUCACCAUCACUGUGUCCACUCCUAGACUCCUAAAGGACCCACAGCUCAGGGGCACCUGUGACUUGGGGGGAAACCAUGUUGUCUCUUUGUAAGAGUCAUUUCAUAAGGUAUACUAUUAUGGUAACCCCUUUGAUGAAUUUACCUCCUACUGCUGGCUCAGCUAAUUGAAUAAAUUUCAUUUUUCCAGAGUUUCAUCCCUUUGAUGAACACAUAGCCCUCUGUUUGGGUGGAAGCCAACAUGACUGACAUGGCUACGGGAGCCCUCAUGGGUAGACAUGGUGGUACAUGCUUUUAAUCCCAGCACUUGGGAGGCACAAGCAGUUGAAUCAGUAUGUUCCAGGCCUGCAUAAUGAGCUCCAGGAGAGCCAGAGCUGCAUAGACCCUGUUUUAAAACAGACAGACAGACAAACCUGGGUUCCCCAGGGCAAGGAUGCACAUCUUACAGAAGCCAACCAGGUUUCCUUUGGACAGAUGAGUUGGGACAGUUGUGUUGCAGCCCCUGGGGAAGGCUUAUGAGAGAGGAGGAAAGGCUGAGGGCUCCUUGGUAACCUUGUCAGCUGAAGGAGCAGUGUUCUUGAACCUCUUAGCACCCUAAGGUGCAGCUGGCCAUGCCUGUUCAGAGAGCUAUGGAUAAUGUGUAAAUAAAGAUCAAGAUGUGGAGUUGCUGAGAUGGCUCAGUGGUUAGGUAAACAGACUUGCUGCCAAGUCCAGUGGCUUGAGUUGUAUCUCUGGGAUCCACAUUGUCUCUGACCACCACACCUGUGCAGCGGCAGUGCAUGUCCUGGCCCAAAUAAAUAAGCAAAUGUAACAUGGUGAUGACGAUGACGAGAAAAGGUGAAGAUCUGGAUGGGUAUUCUCUAAGCCAUGGGGCCAGCAUGGCACUAGAAGUCUGCAGCCUUUUCAGGCCUCAUAUCUGCUCUACCCUGAGUGCUGGGCCUUGGAGUCCAAGCUUGCUAACUAAAGGCCCUGCUCCUGCCUCCCUUGCACCCAGUGGAGGUAGGAUUGAACACACACAUCAGGGCCUCUUCUGUAGCUUGAAGUUACGACCUGCUCACUGCUUCAGCUCUCAUUGCUGCAGAGUGCCAGCCAGAGUGGGUUGUUGCCAGCUUAUUCCUCCGAUGAUGCAUCAGGCUGCUGCUACCAUCAGGCAGGUCCUCAGUGCGCCAGUCUCAGGAGCUCUUACAUUUAUCUUUCGUCUGAUUCACCUUGGCUGGGCGACUGUAAACAGAAGUGCGUCUGUUUUGAGCAGACAUCUUUGCCAUAGUCUUCUUUUCCUUGCCCGUGUGAUUGGUUGGUGCUGCUCCAGACAGUAUAUAUUUUGUCUUCCUGGGUCCUUGACUGGGGGCACUAUGGCACCGAAACUUUACCAGUCAGUGGAGAACACAACUGUGAGAGAGUCUUUGCUGUCUAGAGCUUUGAGUUUGGGGAUGUCUUAUUAUCACCAUCGAUCUGAAACCAUCCUGGCCAUGCAGCCACAAUAGCCAUGGAGUCUUCAGUGUUUCCAUUGUUCCCAAUGCAGACCAGACUAAUGUUACUUCCAAAACAAUGGGUGCCCUGGGAAGCCUGUCAGGUUGAUGUGCUGAUGAAUUCUUAUCCCCAGGAGAUAAAAUAAGCAUGGGUGACAGUAAUCUCCAUUCCCAGAAGGGGAGUCAUAAUCUCCGUGAAAGUCACAUUCGGCUAAAUCUUAAGAGUUUUA